AUGGAGGAUAUUAUGGUUGUGAGGAGUGGUGGUCCCUGGGUUAUUGGCAAGUCCUCCUUGUCUCUUAAGAAAUGGACCACAAACUUGGACCUCUUGGAUUCCAUUUUUGAAAAUGUCCUAGUUUGGGCCAGGCUUCUGAGCCUUCCAAUGGAAUAUUGGAAUGAAGAUGUUUUUAGAGGCUUGGCUAACUCAUUUGGAGAGCUCUUGUCAAUAGAUCCAAUGGCGAUGGCUAGGAAAAGGUUUUUGUUUGCUAGAAUCUAUGUGGGUAUCUCCCAGAACGCCGACUUACCAUCCUCUAUUGAAAUACAAUUGAAGUUGGGCUCUUGGACUCAAGCUAUUGAAUUUGAAUCUAUCCCUUUUGCAUGUUUUAAUUGUAGAAGAGGAGGGCAUUGGGAAAAGAGAUAUCCGCUAAAUGCUAGCAAGGAGAAAGAGAAAUCCCAUUGCAAACCUAAGAAAACUUGUAAAAUAAAGCCCGGUGGGGAUGGUAUUGAGAUAAAAGAUAUCCAAAAUGGAGAAAAAGAUAGAAAGAGAAAAGAGGACUCUUUGAUUCCCCCUAAAAAGAAGGAUGUCUUAGGUAUUUAG